AUGCCGCACCCGUCGUCGUCGUCUUCCUCGGCCAGUGUGGACGCGGCCGCCAAGGGCGUCAAGCUGGAGCGGUACGCCAGCGGCGGCGGCGCGCUGCUGAUGCGGCGCGCGGGGAGCUCCAAGAUCGUGGCGGCCUCCUCGCACCUCCUCUUCCGCGCCACCGUCCUCGCCACGCUCGCGCUCGUCUGCCUCUUCGCCGUGCACUACCCUUCCCUCCUGUCCCGCUCCUUCCGGCUCUCCGCCGCCGCCGCUGCUUCCUCCUCUUCUUCCCCGCCGCGGCAGACGUCGCGGCACCGGAACCUGCUCGGGUCGUCGUCGGCGUACGCGGGCGCCGCGUGGGAGCGGGAGGUGCGGCGAAGCGCCACGCCGCGGCGGGACGGGGGGAUGUCGGUGCUGGUCACGGGCGCCGCGGGGUUCGUUGGCGCGCACUGCGCGCUGGCGCUCAGGGCGCGCGGCGACGGCGUGCUCGGCCUCGACAACUUCAACGCGUACUACGAGCCGGACCUGAAACGCGCGCGGCAGCGGCUGCUCGCGUCGCGCGGGGUGGUGGUGCUCGGCGCCGACAUCAACGACGCGGCCCUGCUCGAGCGGCUCUUCGCCGCCGUGCCCUUCACGCACGUGCUGCACCUCGCCGCGCAGGCCGGCGUGCGGUACGCGAUGCGGGCGCCGCAGACGUACGUGGCCUCCAACGUCGCUGGCCUCGUCAGCGUCUUCGAGGCCGCCGCCCGGCACGCCGACCCGCAGCCGGCGAUCGUGUGGGCGUCGUCGUCGUCGGUGUACGGGCUCAAUACCGACGCGCCAUUCUCCGAGGACCACCGCACGGACCGACCGGCGUCGCUGUACGCGGCCACCAAGAAGGCCGGCGAGGCCAUCGCGCAGGCGUACAACCACAUCUACGGUCUCUCGAUCACCGGCCUCCGGUUCUUCACGGUGUACGGUCCGUGGGGUCGCCCCGACAUGGCCUACUUCUCCUUCGCUCGCAGCAUCGUCGCCGGCGAGCCCAUCACGCUCUUCCGCGCCGCCGACGGCACAGACGUCCGCCGCGACUUCACCUACAUCGACGACGUCGUUAAGGGGUGCCUCGGCGCGCUCGACACGGCCGGCAAGAGCACGGGCUCCAAGUCCGGCAAGAAGCGCGGGCCAGCGCCCCUCCGCGUCUACAACCUCGGCAACACCUCGCCGGUGCCCGUCACCCGCAUGGUGGCCAUCCUCGAGAAGCUCCUCGGCAAGAAAGCGAACAAGCGCGUCGUCACCAUGCCUAGCAACGGCGACGUGCCGUUCACGCACGCCAAUGUCAGCCACGCCGCGCGCGACUUCGGGUACCACCCCACCACCUCCCUCGACGCCGGCCUGCGGAAAUUCGUCGAAUGGUUCCUCCAGUACUACAAGAUCGACCCCGCGAAGCUCGCCAAGGGCAGCAGAGUCGGUACCAAGACUACCAAGAAGAAAUCCAUGGGCGCCAUAUCCGCGGCAUCGUGA